UUUGAGAUCCUGGGCAAGGCUUACCGGCUGAAACCUCAGUGUCCUCCCCAGUAAAUCAGGGCUGAGGAUCAGAUGCAAUGAUGGAUGGGAAAGAGCUGAGUGGUCUGUAAAAAACAAACCAAAUGCUAGUGGUGCUUCCAAACCUGCAGCAUCUAGAGGGAGGCACCAUUGCCCACACCCACCAUAACUCACAUAGUCACUAGUUAUGGGACCUCCUAAGACAGAGCUAGCCAAGGAAGGAGUGGACCUAAUAAGGACGUGGGCCUUAGUGUAUGUGCAUUUGUUUUUGGCCAAGCCAGGAAGAGUUUUAGGGUGAUAAGUGCCUAGCCCGGGCCGGACUGACAGUGGACCCAGGGGAAUUGUUUUGUUUGUUUGUUUCAUUCCUUAUCUGGAGUGAGUCAUUGCCACUUGUCAAGGUGAAAUGGCAAAUCUGGGCUUCCCGUGGUUCCAAAAGUCAGUGACUAGAAAUCCACAAGCGAGCUAGUGGCUGAAGCUGGUUAAAGGACUGCCUUAGGUAUUCCAGAAGUGUUUAGAGAUCUCUUCCAUGGGGAAAGAGGAGAAGGUUUAUAAAUAAACUUCACAUGUGUCUUCAGCAUUCUUUUACAGAGGAGAUAAUCAUCGAACUUUGGUUAGGACCAAUUUAGUGUAUCUCUCUGCCCAUCUUGAGUUAGGAUGGGGAGAGGAGGAAAUAGGUUCUUUUGUCUUUUUCUGUCCUCUCCCUUUCCCCAUUUCCUUCCCCCCGUCCCCACUCACUCACAUGCACACACUAACCUUGAAGCCGAUGAAAUUGAGUGUCUGGCACUUGGGACCACAGAGAAAUGUCAGAGUGUUUGGUUACAGACUCAAGGAAACCUCUCAUUUUAGAGUGCUCAUUUGGUUUUAAGCAAAAUUUUGGACUGUGAAUCAAGGCAUUGGGUGAAGACAAAAUGACCUCGCUGGCUGACAGCUGUAUCCAGUUCACCCGCCAUGCCAGUGAUGUUCUUCUCAACCUUAAUCGCCUCCGGAGCCGCGACAUCUUGACUGAUGUUGUCAUAGUAGUGAGCCGUGAGCAGUUUAGAGCCCAUAAGACGGUUCUCAUGGCCUGCAGUGGCCUGUUCUACAGCAUCUUCACAGACCAGUUGAAAUGCAACCUUAGCGUGAUCAAUCUGGAUCCUGAGAUCAACCCCGAGGGGUUCUGCAUCCUCCUGGACUUCAUGUACACGUCACGGCUCAAUCUGCGGGAGGGCAACAUCAUGGCCGUGAUGGCCACAGCCAUGUACCUGCAGAUGGAGCAUGUUGUGGACACUUGCCGGAAGUUUAUCAAGGGCAGUGAAGCAGAGAUGGUUCCUGCCAUCAAACCUCCCCGUGAAGAGUUCCUGAACAGCCGGAUGCUGAUGCCCCAAGACAUCAUGGCCUAUCGGGGUCGUGAGGUGAUGGAGAACAGCCUGCCGCUGAGGAAUGCCCCCGGGUGUGAGAGCAGAGCCUUUCCCCCCAGCCUGUACAGUGGCCUGUCCACACCGCCAGCCUCUUAUCCCGUGUACAGCCACCUCCCCGUCAGCAGUUUCCUCUUCUCCGAUGAGGAGUUGCGCGAUGCCCGGAUGCCUGUGGCCAAUCCCUUCCCCAAGGAGCGGGCCCACCCCUGCGAUAGUGCCAGGCCAGUCCCUGGUGAGUACAGCCGGCCUGCCAUGGAGCUGUCCCACAGUGUAUGCCACAGCAACAUCUACUCGCCCAAAGAGGCAGCCCCAGAAGAGGCACGGAGUGACAUGCACUACAGCGUGGCCGAGGGCCCCAAGCCUGCUGCCCCCUUGGCCCGGAAUGCCCCAUACUUCCCCUGUGACAAGGCUGGCAAGGAGGAAGAGAGGCCUUCUUCAGAGGAUGAGAUUGCCCUGCAUUUCGAGCCCCCCAGUGCACCCCUGAACCGGAAGGGUCUGGUUAGUCCACAGAGCCCCCAGAAGUCCGACUGCCAGCCUAACUCGCCCACGGAGUCCUGCAGCAGCAAGAAUGCCUGCAUCCUCCAGACCUCUGGCUCCCCUCCAGCCAAGAGCCCCACUGACCCCAAAGCCUGCAACUGGAAGAAAUACAAGUUCAUCGUGCUCAACAGCCUCAACCAGAAUGCCAAACCAGAGGGGCCCGAGCAGGCUGAGCUGGGCCGCCUUUCCCCUCGAGCCUACACUGCACCACAGGCCUGCCAGCCGCCCAUGGAGCCCGAGAACCUUGACCUCCAGUCCCCAACUAAGCUCAGUGCCAACGGGGAGGACUCUACCAUCCCACAGGCCAGCCGGCUCAAUAACAUUGUCAACAGGUCCCUGACAGGCUCCCCCCGCAGCAGCAGCGAGAGCCACUCGCCACUCUACCUGCACCCCCCCAAGUGCACGUCCUGCGGCUCUCAGUCCCCGCAGCACGCGGAGAUGUGCCUCCACACCGCCGGCCCCACGUUCCCCGAGGAGAUGGGGGAGACCCAGUCUGAGUACUCGGAUUCUAGCUGUGAGAAUGGGGCCUUCUUCUGCAAUGAGUGUGAUUGCCGCUUCUCUGAGGAGGCCUCACUCAAGAGGCACACGCUGCAGACCCACAGUGACAAACCCUACAAGUGCGAUCGAUGCCAGGCCUCCUUCCGCUACAAAGGCAACCUCGCCAGCCACAAGACCGUCCACACGGGUGAGAAACCCUAUCGUUGUAAUAUCUGUGGGGCCCAGUUCAACCGGCCAGCCAAUCUGAAAACCCAUACUCGAAUUCACUCUGGAGAGAAGCCCUACAAAUGCGAAACCUGCGGAGCCAGAUUUGUACAGGUGGCCCACCUCCGUGCCCACGUGCUCAUCCACACUGGUGAGAAGCCCUAUCCCUGUGAAAUCUGUGGCACCCGUUUCCGGCACCUUCAGACUCUGAAGAGCCACCUGCGAAUCCACACGGGAGAGAAACCUUACCAUUGCGAGAAGUGUAACCUGCAUUUCCGUCACAAAAGCCAGCUGCGACUUCACUUGCGCCAGAAGCACGGCGCCAUCACCAACACCAAGGUGCAAUACCGCGUGUCCGCCACUGACCUGCCCCCGGAGCUCCCCAAAGCCUGCUGAAGCAUGGAGUGUUGAUGCUUUCCAUUCGAGCCCCUUCUCGGAAUCUACCCAAAGGAUACUGUAACACUUUACGAUGUUCAUCCCACGAUGUAGUGCCUCUUUCAUCCACUAGUGCAAAUCAUAGCUGGGGGUGGGGUGGGGGGAGGGGCGUGGGGACCGGGAGCCGAGGCAGCUCCCCUUCCCCCACUGCCAUAAAACAUUAAGAAAAUAAUAUUGCUUCUUCUCCUAUGUGUAAGGCGAACCAUGUCAGCAAAAAGCAAAAUCAUUUUCUAUAUCGAAGUUGGGGAGUAGGCAAAAGUUCUGACUUGACUUAGUCUGCAAAAUGAGGAAUGUAUAUGUUUUGUGGGAACAGAUGUUUCUUUUGUAUGUAAAUGUGCAUUCUUUUAAAAGAAGAGACUUAACGGUAUGUUAUCAAAGAGAGGGCUUUAAUUUUUUUAACCAAAGUUGAAGGAAUAUAUGGCAGAGUUGUAAAUAUAUAAAUAUAUAUAUAUAAUAAAUAUAUAUAAACCUAAAAAAGAUAUAUUAAAAAUAUAAAACUGCGUUAAAGGCUCGAUUUUGUAUCUGCAGGCAGACACGGAUCUGAGAAUCUUUAUUGAGAAAGAGCACUUAAGAGAAUAUUUUAAGUAUUGCAUCUGUAUAAGUAAGAAAAUAUUUUGUCUAAAAUGCCUCAGUGUAUUUGUAUUUUUUUGCAAGUGAAGGUUUACAAUUUACAAAGUGUGUAUUAAAAAAAAAAAAGAACAAAAAAAACUGCAGAAGGAAAAACGUGUAGUUUUGUUUUAGUUUUUGGUUUGUAUAUACCUGUACAACGUGUCCUACGGUGCCUUUUUUCAUGGAAGUUUUCAACGAUGGACGAGCGCGCCAUCCUUUUUUGAAGUGUAGGCAGACACAGGGACUUGAAGUUGUCACUAACUAAGCUCUCUUUGGGAAUGUUUGUCUCAUCACAUUCUGCGUCGUGCUUGUGUUAUAACUACUAUGGAGACAGGGUUUGGCUGUGUCUAAACUGCAUUACCGCCUUGUAAAAUAUAGCUGUAUAAAUACAAGAAUAAAAUGUUGAAAAGUCAAA